AUGGCCUCGGCUGCUAGUGCGCCCCCCGAGCCGGGGACAGGAGAGCCCGGCCGACCGAGGCUAACGCGGAGGACCCGGAGGGAAUCAAGCCGCGAGCCGCCAGCGCAGCCGCAUCCGCAGUCUCCACCGCCGGAUUUGGACUACCUGCAGCGGCCGAGCUACUGCGACGCGGGCUUCGCUUUGGAGCAGAUCUCCCAGGGCAAGGCGACCGGGAGGAAAGCACCGCUAUGGCUGAGAGCAAAGUUCCAGAGAUUUUUAUUCAGGCUGGGCUGCUACAUACAAAAGAACUGUGGAAAGUUUUUGGUGGUGGGCCUCAUGAUUUUCGGAGCGUUCGCGGUGGGCUUACGGGCAGCUAAUUUGGAGACGGACGUGGAGAAGCUUUGGGUGGAAGUGGGCGGGCGUGUGAACCAGGAACUGAAGUACACGCGACAGAAGAUCGGCGAAGAAGCCAUGUUCAACCCUCAGCUCAUGAUCCAGACGCCACGCCAGGAAGGAGCCAGCGUGCUGACUGUGGAUGCGCUGCUACAGCAUCUGGAGUCAGCCUUGCGAGCCAGCAGAGUUCACGUUUACCUUUAUAAUCGACAAUGGAAAUUGGAACAUUUAUGCUAUAAAUCAGGAGAACUAGUCACGGAAACACAUUAUAUGGAUCAGAUCAUCGAAAAGCUUCAUCCCUGUCUCAUCAUCACACCUCUGGACUGUUUCUGGGAGGGAGCCAAGCUCCAGUCUGGGAUGGUCUAUUUACCAGGUAAAGACGCUUUGCAGUGGACCAAUUUUGACCCCAAGGACUUCCUGGAGGACCUGCGACGGGCACACUUCCCUGUGGAGAGCUUUGAGGAAAUGUUGGAAAAAGCUGACGUGGGCCACGGCUACAUGGACCGACCCUGCCUGAACCCCGCCGACCCCGACUGCCCCCUCACUGCCCCCAACAAGAACUCCACCAAGCCGUUAGAUGUGGCAUGGACCCUGAGCGGCGGCUGCCACGGCCUGUCCAGGAAAUACAUGCACUGGCAGGAGGAGCUGAUUGUAGGCGGGACCACCAAGAACGGUAGCGGACCCUUGCUCAGCGCUCAAGCCUUACAGACCAUGUUCCAGCUGAUGACUCCCAAGCAGAUGUUUGAGCACUUCAGGGGCUACGAGGAGGUUUCUCACAUCAACUGGAAUGAGGAAAAGGCCGCAGCCAUACUGGAGGCCUGGCAGAGAAGAUAUUCAGAGGCUGUUUUGCAGAGCGUGGCAGCCAACUCAUCCCAGAAGGUCUUGACUUUCACCACCACCACCCUGGAGGAUAUUCUCAAGUCCUUCUCCGACAUAAGCGUCAUCCGCGUGGCCAGCGGCUACUUGCUCAUGCUGGCCUACGCGUGUCUGACCAUGCUGCGGUGGGAUUGCGCCAAAUCCCAGGGGGCCGUCGGGUUGGCGGGAGUCCUGCUGGUGACGCUGUCGGUGGCGGCGGGCCUCGGCCUCUGCUCUCUACUGGGCAUCACCUUCAAUGCUGCCACCACACAGGUUCUCCCGUUUCUGGCUUUGGGUGUCGGCGUGGAUGACGUCUUCCUCCUCGCUCACGCCUUCAGUGAGACAGGACAGAAUAAGAGGAUCCCAUUUGAGGACCGAACCGGCGAAUGUCUAAAGAGGACCGGAGCCAGCGUGGCGCUCACUUCCAUCAGCAACGUCACCGCCUUCUUCAUGGCCGCCCUCAUACCCAUUCCAGCGCUACGGGCGUUCUCAUUACAGGCUGCAGUGGUGGUGGUGUUUAACUUUGCCAUGGUCCUGCUCAUUUUCCCCGCCAUCCUCAGCAUGGACCUCUACCGACGAGAAGACAGACGCUUCGACAUUUUCUGCUGCUUUCACAGCCCUUGUGCCAACCGUGUGAUCCAGAUGGAGCCUCAGGCGUACCUGGAUGGAUCAGACGGGAGUCGCUACAGCCCUCCGCCAUCCUACCGCACGGCGCUCCCCUCAUACCACACGCCUCCGCCCAGCUACAGCCCGCCGCCGUCCUACAGCAGUCACAGCUUUGCCCAGCAGACCCAGAUCACCAUGCAGUCCACCGUUCAGCUCCGGACCGAGUACGACCCCCGCACGCAGGCUUUCUACACCACAGCCGAGCCCCGGUCCGAGAUCUCCGUGCAGCCCAUCAACCCGCCUCCCGGCCGCAGCAACCCUCGCAGUGACUAUUACAACAAUAACAAUAACAACAGCGGGAGGCGGAGUCACCGGACAGCUCGGUAUCGUCACCCCGGGGCCCCGGCCGCUGCUACGGGGACAGUCCCUCAGCCAGAUUCCCCUGAGGGAAGCCAGAUUCCAGAGAAUAACAACUCCACACGUGACUUGCUCUCCCAGUUCGGGGAGGCCUCCCAUGGCCCGAGGUGCAUGGAACCCCGCUGCACCCGCUGGACACUGGCUUCUUUUGCUGAGAGGCACUACGCUCCCUUUCUGCUGCAGUCCACCACCAAGGUGGUGGUGAUCGUGCUCUUCCUCUGCCUCCUGGGGGUCAGCCUGUACGGCACCACCCAGGUGCGGGACGGCCUGGAGCUGACCGACAUUGUGCCGCGGGAGACCAGCGAGUAUGACUUCAUCGGCGCCCAGUUCAAGUUCUUCUCCUUCUACAACAUGUACGUGGUGACGCAGCGGGCCGACUAUGCUCACAAACAGCCGCUCCUGCACCAGCUGCACCGCAGGUUCCGCACCGUCCGCUACGUGCUGAAGGAGGAUAAUGGACAGCUGCCCCCCAUGUGGCUUGACUACUUCAGGGACUGGCUGAAAGGUUUGCAGCAGGCAUUCGACAAGGACUGGGAGGCCGGCCGCAUCACUCCCAACAGCUACAAGAACGGCUCUGACGACGGCGUCUUGGCGUACAAGCUUCUGGUGCAGACCGGACGCAGAGACAAGCCCAUCAACCAAAACCUGCUGACACGUCACAGGCUUGUGGACGCCGACGGGAUCAUCAACCCCGGAGCCUUCUACAUCUACCUGACGGCCUGGGUCAGCAACGAUCCGGUGGCUUAUGCCGCCUCGCAGGCCAAUAUCCGCCCGCAUCCUCCCGAGUGGCUGCACGACCGCACCGACUCCAUGCCCGAGACACGCCUCAGCAUCCCGGCGGCCGAGCCUAUCGAAUACGCACAGUUCCCCUUCUACCUCAAUGGGCUCCGGGAGACGCCGCAGUUCGUGGAGGCCAUCGAGAGCGUGCGGGCCAUCUGCAGCAACUACAGUCGCCAAGGCCUGCCCUCCUACCCCAACGGCUAUCCCUUCCUCUUCUGGGAGCAGUACGUCAGUCUUCGCCACUGGCUCCUGCUCUCCAUCAGCGUGGUGCUCGCCUGCACCUUCCUGGUGUGCGCCCUGUUCCUGCUCAACCCGUGGACCGCCGGUGUCAUUGUGCUGGUGCUGUCUCUCAUGACAGUGGAACUGUUUGGCUUCAUGGGGCUGAUGGGAAUCAAGCUGAGCGCCGUCCCCGUGGUCAUCCUCAUCGCCUCGGUGGGCAUCGGAGUGGAGUUCACCGUCCACGUGGCCCUGGCCUUCCUGACAGCCAUAGGGGACCGUCACAAGCGGGCAGUGCUGGCUCUGGAGCACAUGUUUGCGCCGGUGCUCGACGGUGCCUUCUCAACGUUGUUGGGCGUUCUGAUGCUCGCGGGCUCCGAGUUCGAUUUCAUUGUCAGGUAUUUCUUUGCAGUAUUGGCCAUCCUAACUGUUCUGGGAGUUCUGAACGGACUUGUCCUUCUUCCCGUUUUACUGUCCUACUUUGGGCCCUAUCCUGAGGUGUCUCCAGUGGAUGGUCGCAGCAGGUUACCCACCCCGGAGUCGCCGCCCCACGUGGUCCGCUUCUCCGUCCGACCUCGCCCUACAGCCUCGGCCUCGGCCACCUCGGCAGCAGCCUCGGACUCGUCUGAUUCCGAGUACAGCUCCAACAGCAGUACAUCGGGCGUCAACCAGGAACUGCCGAGCGACAACAGGGGACAGGCUGGAUCCCAGGAACAGCAGCAACAGUACCACCUCCCCACCAGCAGGGGCAGGAUACCCAGGACAGAAGAGGAAAGGAGAGCGGGAUCAGGGCACAGGCGCUCGACCAGGCAGCCCGAUCCCACAGCCUAUAUUGCGUCCUCGUCUCAGGGUUGUAAUGCAGGACCAGGGCCCAGCGCUUCUCAGCGUGCCAGGGACCCCAAGAGCCAGCAGCACCGGCAGGCCCCGCCCCCAGGCCGCCCGCGCACGGACGCUUUUGAAACCUCCACCGAGGCCGGCGCCCAUGGCCACAGGGAACACUUUGCGGGCCACCGGGGGCGCGUCCCCCCACACCACACCAACCCUUAUGGCCAGCCCAUCACCACGGUGACGGCGUCGGCCUCCGUCACCGUCGCCGUCCACCCCCCUGGCUCCUCUUACCCGGGGUACGCUGCGACAGACGCUUACCGCCAGGAGGAGCCCCAUUCUUCCUUCCAGGACCCCCAUGUGCCCGCGGACCCCCACACGGGUGCCAGAAGGAGCACAGUGGAGGCAAUGGAGCUCCAGGAUCUGGAGUUUGAGGCAGCUGACAACAAUAGUGGCAGAAGGGCCAGCUGAGUAAGCUUGUGCGUGUCAUGGCCAAAGAUGGACUACAGGCAGAUAACCUGGUCCGGCCCAGCUCGCCCAUGGUCCCAAUCCCUUCAACUCAUGGUGCUCAUUUUUACUGUAAUCCCAUGAUCUCUUGUCUUAAAAUAUUUCUAUCUAUAUUUAAAAAGAUGUAUACAUAUGUAAAUAGGAACAAAUCAAUUAGCUAUCUUUUUUUAAGGGAGAAAGUUGUGCAAGUCCUCAUGUUAACAGACUGGGGCCGCCAAUUUGUAUGGUGUGUCGUGUGUGUGUGUGUUAACCCAUUUUUGAACUAUGCAAAUUUAGGAAUGUGUACGAAGACAUGAUUUGUUGAUGGUGGGCAUCACAACGUAAUAUGACAUGAUAUGAUAUCCUAAUACAUUUCCUAAUACAUUUCUACGAUAACCAAGCAAAUCACCUAUGCAUAAAAAUAUCAAACAAACUAUAGAAAAAAUUACCAGAUUAAAAUUAGUCUAAAUGGUAAAAAAUAUAAUAUCAUCAUACGAUCAUGUGCAUCGUGUUAUAAUUAACAUUGUUGGCAAGAUUUUGUAUUUCGAUAUUAAUAUUUUUGGCAAAAAUACCGUAUUAUGAAUAUGUAUUAUUGGUUUAGUACGGUAUCAUACUAUUGGUAUUGUGGAAAAAGAAAUGAUCCUAAUAUUAUUGAUAUUGUGAUACUAUUGGUACCAUUAACAAAAUACCAUAUUUUGAUACACUUGCCAUCGUUGACAGAAUGCCAUAUCGUGAUUCUGAGAUUCCACCCCUUAUGUGUGUGUUAGGUCUGUUAGCAAGCAUCUUAGUUUACGUUCAUUUCAUAUAUGAGGGAAAACAUCAUUAGCAUUGUUUGCUAGUACAACAUGUGUGUGUUUGUGUGUGUGUGCGUGUGAGAAUGAUGAUUGUUGUACAAUGGUACGCAUGUUGAAUUCUGACUUCUUAUCACAAACCUGUGGUAGUUUUUGUAACAAUGACUGUUUUAACUCCACACGCUAUGCGUGCUAUUUAAGACAAGUAGAUAUGAAGACUUUUUUUAUGAAGCUGUUUUUUGUUCAUUUGUUUGUUUUCAAAUCACUGCCUCUACAUUGGAACCUGUUUGUGCAUUCAGCUUCUCUUUCCAGUGUUUUUUGUUUUUUCUUGUAGAAAAGGGUGGGGAACCAUUGAAGUUUUUAUAAAGUCCUACAAGUUGGCAAAAGUAGUCACACUACAGUGUACAUAAGUAGAAAUACAGGCACUUGUUUUUUAAAAAAGACUGGUAGAAGUACUGGUUCAAUUACUGUACUUAAAUAAAAAAGUACACACUGAAACGUAAUUUAAAAAAAAAAAAAAAAAAAACUGUCAUACAUGUUUUGGUAACAUGCUCAUUAAAAAAAUAUGUGCACAAAAUGGUUUACAUUUUUUAUGAACUUAUAUUAUAAAUGCUUAUUCAGCAAUUAAAAAAUUAACAAUUAGAAAAAGGGUAGCAUCAAAUGUUCUGAUAUGGUCAACGAGCCAUAUGAUUCCCCACCCGUACUGUAGAAGCUUGUCAUUUAAUCUACAAACAGGUUUUUUUCACUUUCCUUAAACCACCUCAGAAAGUUCUGGAACAGGGUUCAAAACAACCAGUAGGGGCACUAACUGACCCCACUUUGGUUCUACCCUAGCGGAUAAGCUAAAUAGUCACACCACAUACUGUAUAAGUUGGCCCAACCAGGCCAUCAGUUAUUUUUCAACUUGUAGCAACAACUUUCCUCAUGUAGAUGUCUUUUUCCUUUAAGGCAAAACAAUAAGCUAUUUAGCCCGCUAGCCUGCUAAUGGCUAAAUUCUACACGAUGUGUCGAAACUUCUACAUCAUGUGUAUGUAUCAUUACCCUCUGUUAUCACUUAACUGGAGUUAGCUUGAUGAUGCUAAUUGGAUCCCGCUCACCCUUCAAUGCCAAAUGGUACCGCCCAAGCACCCCUCUGUGUGUGAAUAUGUCUCCUCUUUAUGUUCUCUGUCCAGUCAGCUGCUUGCAUGAACAAGGUUGUUUUAUGAUUAUUAUUACUAUUAUUAUUACUAUUAUUAUUAUUUGUUGUUUUCUCUCCGUGUCAUAUUGGCAUUAGUGGAGAAAAUCAUAGCUGGCAACUAUUUUAUUCAAUUUGUUUUGUUUGUUUGUUCUUGACAGUCAAUUGCUAUAUUUAUAUUUUUGUGUAAUAUAAGAUGUUUUUUGCCAUUGUUGUUGUGAUGCCAGUGGAUAACAAAUGCAGGGAAUUUUAUGAGAUAAAAAACAAUACAGUUUAUUGUUUUGAUCUGUAUAAAGUGCUUACUAAUGUUAAAUAGGAGGAUAAGAAAAAGAUGAUAUAACAUUUUUACACUACAGGUCUCAUCAUAGCUCUUAGAGAAUUUUUUUAAGUAAAAAUGGAGAAAAAAAGUGAUUGUUUCAGACUGCCAUUUUGGAUGUAUGCUGUUGUUCCGUUACAAAGAUAAAUGUAUGCCAUAUAAUUUAUUUAUAUGAAAAUUUAUUUUUGUAGUGUACAUAGUAGCGGUCAAGGCUAUUUUGACAGAAGUAUAUUUGAAAGAGUUUAUAUGGAAUGAUAUACAGUACCAUACCACGGGAAAGGUGCACACGUCAUCACCUCCCCUUCAGUAUUACACAGCUGUUUGUGCGCAUGUAUAUACGUACAUGUGUGCAUGCGUGCGUGCGUGGCCAUCCAAGUAGAACAUUGUACUAGCUCGCCAAAUAUUCAUGUUCAAACACUGAUAGAAUUCUAACUAAUAAAAUCAAAAAUAUAACUUAUUUGUGUCUGUUUAACUUUAAUAAUAAAAAAGAAACUGCAAAAAUGA